UUUGUGUUACUCCUUAAUUAGGCCUAAUGUUUCAUUCGAUAUUAUAGUAGCUUACUUUGGUUUCACAACCUCAAUUUUCGUCUCACCUCACUGAACCAAUAACUUUGCAUAGUGUAGUGUGCAUUUAUCACACAGGGAACACCACAAUGCUUCUUAAGCUUUUUAUUUUAGUCAUGUCCCUUGUCAGUUUGGAGCUUGGGAGAGAGAAAGAAAAAAAUUAUUAAUACAUUGUUUUACAGAUGUGCUUACAGUGUGGAUUGAAGUCACUUCUUUUUCUUGUUUCUGGAUCUCCAGAUCAAGUUUCCUCAGUGUUCUCUUCUAGAUUUCUAUACCAAGGUCCAGAUCCUGGAGUGUCCUUUUACUUACAGCAAUCUGUGCUUCUGCCAGCUCUAUUUGCUUGUUCAGACAUCUUACAGUUUGUGAAUUCUGUAAACCACCCAUUGAUUAGCAGGAAUUGUGCAUAAUUCAGAUUUCCAUUAGCCCAUACUUACUAUGUUGCCAGGCUGGCUGUCAUACUGUACUGUGUCUGGAUCUGUUACAUACAGAUCCUUCCAUCACAGGCCUUCCUUGGUUCAAAUCAAGGGCCAUUUCCUCAGCUGGGGUGAAGUCUGGAGCUGCCCCCCCCCCCUCCCCCCAGUGCCAGACAAAUGAGUCUUCUUCUUAACAGCUAAAAUCUGUUUAGAUAAAAUAUGUGAGCAGGCAUCAUAACAAACAUGUCUGGCCAAAAAAGGACUUGGCAGCAAGUGAAGAUUAAAUACAAGAACAUUUUGCAGGCUGGGGGUGGCCCUCCAACCCAAGACUUCACCACAGCAGAGGAGCUGGCCCAGGACUUAAAUAAAGGAAAGCCAGUUAUUGAAGGGAUCCAGGGAGGGACAGCCACUGACUCUGGCCCAGCAAGGGAUACUGGCCUCUUCAUACAAGAGCUUUGAAUGAGAUGUGGAAGUGUCAAAACAUUCUUCGUAAUCAUGUCAAAGAUCUCCUGGACCUGGUCAAACAGCCCAAAAGUGAGUCCUACCAGAAAGCAGCGUUUGCCAAAGUCAUGAUCAUCACACGAAAUCUGCCAGACCCAGGCAAAUCACAGGACUUUGUGAAGAAGUUUGUCCAGGUGCUAGAGGAGGAUGAGAAGAUCAUGAAACAGCUGCAUACUCUGGUCAGCCCUGCCUGUUCAUGCAAGCAGGCCGAAGGAUGUGUGAGGGAUAUCACUAAAAUGCUUGGGAGCCCAAAACAGCCCAGCAAGCAACCCCUUCCUAGAGAUGGUCAAGUUCCUGCUGGAGAGGAUUGCUCCUGUUCACAUAGACACAGAGUCUAUAAGUGCCCUGGUUAAGCAAGUCAACAAAUCUAUUCAGGGGACAGCCGAUGAUGAUGAGGAAGGUGUCCCAACUGAAGAAGCCAUCAGGGCUGACCUUGAGCUGCUUAAGGUGCUGUCAUUUACUCACCCGGUGUCAUUCCACUCUGCUGAGACAUUUGAUUCUCGGUUGGGCUGUCUCAAGAUGGAGGAUGAGAAGACAGCCGAGUCCGCACUGCUGAUUUUAAAAGAGGACUACAUACACAUAGAUAAAGUUAACAUUGUCAAAAAGGACGAGUGUUACCAGGUGCGCCAGGCCUUCGCCCAGAAACUCCACCGGGGUCUGUGUUGUCUGCGUCUGCCCUUGGAGUACCUGGCUGUGUUUGCUCUCUGCGCCAAGGAGCCCAUGAAGGAGCGGCGGGCACAUGCCCGCCAGUGUCUGGUCAAAAACAAUCUCAGGCAGGAGUAUCUGAAACAGCAUGCUGCCGUUAGUGAUAAACUGUUCUCUUUGCUGCCUGAAUAUGUGGUGCCAUACGCCAUCCAUCUUCUAGUACAUGACCCAGAUUACGUCAAGGUGCAGGACAUUGAGCAGCAGAAAGACAUCAAGGAGCAAGUUAAGAACCAAAUCUAAUUUACAGCAACAACCUAGGGGAAUGUUACAAGGGGGAGGUUAACAGUCUUGCCCAGGGACAAAACGACAAGCUUGGUAGUUGGGGGAAUAGAACCAGUGACCUUUUGGGUG